CACCCACAUUCCCCAUUCUAUAGAUUCCCAGUCCCUUCAGAAAUUUUCCUUUUAAAGCUGAACCGAAAAUUUUCUUCCCAGAACGCUUUUCUGCAAGAUCGCAAGAGGUUCGAAAACAAGAUAGCGAUAUAGCAUUGGUAAAGCAACAGAGCCUCAGUGGGGAGCUUCAAUGGCGGAGAAGCCGCAACCGGUUCGCGUUCUAUACUGUCCAGUUUGUAGUCUCCCCGCCGAAUACUGUGAAUUUGGUCCGGAUUUUCAGAAAUGCAAGCCCUGGCUGAUUGAAAACGCUCCGGAGCUGUAUCCCGAUCUCCUGAAAGAAUCAGAUGAGAAGGAAGCUGAUAAGGUUUCUGAACGGCUCCAAUCGGUUGGAAUUUCUUCCGCCGGCGUCGAUGGGUCAGCUCCUCGAGGAGGUACCUCAACAUCGAAGCAAGAAGAAGUAAAACGUCUUCCUGGUGGAAAGAUAAAGAAGAUAGAGAAGCAAGAAGUUGUUAUCGAAAAAGUUGUUCGUAACAAGCGCAAAUGUGUCACCAUGGUGAAAGGACUAGAGCUUUUCGGAAUCAAACUCAGCGAUGCUUCCAAGAAACUUGGGAAAAAAUUUGCUACAGGAGCAUCUGUUGUUAAGGGUCCGACUGAGAAGGAUCAAAUUGAUGUCCAGGGUGACAUAUCCUACGAUAUCGUGGAGUUCAUCACUGAGACCUGGCCUGAUGUCCCAGAAACUGCUAUUUAUUUCAUUGAAGAUGGCAGAAAAGUGGCUGCUGCAUAAAUUGGGAUUCAAGAAGCGUGUUGGUGCUGACUUUUGGCUGGAUGACAAUCUUUGUGCAAAAUACCAAGAGAAGGGGCCAUUUGACCUUCCACUCCAGAUGGGUGAAUUCUCACCUAAACAUUGCACUUUUAAUUAGACAGGUCACUUGAUGACCCAGAAAAUGAGAAGGGAGAACGGCCACUAGUAAUGCCAUAAUUGGUUAGGGACGUGUUAUUUGACCUUGUUGCUGGAGAUAAAUAUGUUUUUGUAGUUGGGAAUGUUUGUAGAAAAGUGAUGGAUGUCUUCUGUACAUAGAUGUGAGUUCUUUUAGAUAAUACCAUGAUAUUUCUUUCUGUGCUUGAUAAAAAAAAAUUCCAACAUGCAGCUUAUAAGCGAUGGCCAUGGUUGUUAUUUCCUGUAAACCUGUCUGGAUGGAGGGUCUCUUUCCGAUCCCCAUUAUUAUCUGAGAAAUGAUAUAACUGGAAUUGUAGUUCUUUUA